UGACUGUCAGCUGCUUUCCCCACACUGCCACCAUCACAUGCCCCACCACUGGAGCCUCAGAAGCCUGACCACAGACCAGCAUCUCCGAGGCAUGAAUAAUUAGGUAGGCAUAAUGGAAGGCACUCACUGCACCCUCCAAUUGCGUAAACCCAUUACCGAAGUCUGCUACAUCAGCUUCUAUCUUCCAAGGGGCGAAGUCAGAGGAUUUUCGUACAAGGACACUGUAACUCUAGACAGAGCCAGUAAAGGGUUUCACAACUGCUACCAAGUCAGGGAGGGGUCCGACCUCCACAGCCUCAGUCGGCAGCCAAACGAACAUCCAGGCGACAUCUUUUUCAAGCCGACUCCCACGAAAGACAUUCUGACUGAACUGUACAAACUCACUGCCGAGAGGGAGAGACUGCUGGCCGGUCUGCUGAGCUCAGGCCACAUCCUGGGGAUUACGAUGGGGAACCAGGAGGGGAAGCUGCCUGAACUCUCUGUGAGCCUGGCCUCUGAGGAUGACUGUUUCCAGAGUGCUGGCGACUGGCUUGGGGAGCCCUCAGUGGGCUGUCUCAACAAGAGGAGCUCCCACGGGAACAAAAAGGCCCGGAGGUUUGGUGGAAGGAGAGAGAGCUUUGAGGGGCUCUCUCAAAGCUCCCUGCAGAAGAGGACAAAAAGAAAGGGGCAUGGAGGACAGGAAUUGGCUCCUCUGCGGGGGAAGGACCAGGCCUAUUUCAGCAGUUCUCUUCCUCUCUCUCGAACAAGGUCUCAUCUUUGGCUUCUGGAGGAGAGAGGCAACUUGCUCCUCAAUGGGGAGCUUACUUCAUCCCUGCAGAGGAGAGAGAGAUGCACCCUAGAGGCCCCCAGGACACUGGAUGCUGACUCUGCCUUGGGAAGCAUCAAGAAGCCUUCUGAAGAUGCAGGGCUAGGAAGAGGCGGGCUGCCCCCUGACUGCAGCUCCACGGAGCCAGGGGAUGAUAGAGCUACGGAGCUGAAGAGAACCCCUCGCAGGCUGGUGCAUCAGCAAACAGGCUUGACUGAAAGUCACAAGGAGCCUGAGAAAGAACCAGCGGCAGAGAGACGCCGGAGAGCGAAGGCUGCUGAGUGGACUCAUAGGAAGAAGCCUGUCUCCAGAGUGGUGGCCAGAGUCCAGGAUCUGCCCACUCAGGUACAGCGAGUAGUCAAAACGCAUCCUGAGGGUGAGGGAAAGAUCGCCCCUGGCCUAGCAGCCCCAGCUGAGUUCACACCAGGUGCAGACUUGCUCACCCUCCCGGGAGCUGAGGCUGGGGCCUGGGGAGCCAGGGGCCUGGACCAGGAACAGCAAAGGGACAGGUCAUGGCAGCCAUCAGCUGGGGAAUGCCCCCCAGCCAGCACUGAGGGGGCUGUGAACAAGGUCCUCCUGAAGGUGAUAGAGAGCGAGAAGUUAGAUGCUGCUGCUGAGGGCAAACGGCUGGGCUUUCCCUUUGGCACAGUUGGCGCCCACACCCUCCCAGAAACCAGGAGCAGGAGGGGAGCUGGGCUUGGAAGAGGCAGCCGCAAAACCUCGUUUCUGGAUCUGCCCCGUGGUGGCGUGGACCCUGGAAGUGAUGAGAAAAGGCUGCCCCCACUAGCGCUGGCUGCUCCUGGCACGGUAAUUAAUAAUUCAGCCUUUCCACCCAGCACGCGCAAACGGAUGUCGCCUGUUCCCUCACCUCUCUCUCCAAGGCUCCCCAGCCCUCAGCAGCAUCAUAGGAUCCUCCGGCUCUCCUCACCGCCUGGAGAGAGAGAAGCCACUCUUGAUGACUCUCUUUCUGGAAGGAGCCGUGCUUUCUCUGGGUCCCUCUCUGCUGACACCUUGGAGCCACCAUCCUCUGCCAAGGUCACGGAGACCAAAGGGGCCAGCUCGACCUCCCUCAGAGUGGGCCAACCUCGGCUGGUGCCCGGGGAACCUUUGGAAAAGACCUUGGGGCCCGGGAGGACCACAGCUCAGCCCCAGCACCAGUCACCUCCAGGCAUCUCCUCUGAGGGCUUUCCCCGGGACGGCUUCAGUGAGCAGACAACAGCUAAGGACCUUCCCAGCAAAGAUGGAGGUGCAUGGGUCCUGGCUUACAGAGCAGGGCCAGCCUGUCCAUUUCUGCUCCAGGAGGAAAGAGAGAAACCCAACAGAAAUGAAUUGCACUUGGAUCUCCAUCCUGACCACAGCCCCACUGAGCAGGAUGAUAGGAUUCCUGGCAGACUCCAGGCUGUCUGGCCACCACCGAAGACAAAGGACACCGAAGAAAAAGUGGGACUGAAGUACACUGAAGCAGAAUACCAAGCUGCUAUUUUACACUUGAAGAGGGAGCACAAAGAAGAAAUUGAAAACCUGCAGGCUCAGUUUGAACUUCAAGCCUUUCACAUCCGGGGUGAGCAUGCAGUGAUAACAGCAAGACUGGAAGAAACCAUUGAGAAUCUCAAACACGAGAUAGAACACCGAUGGCAAGGAGGAUGCGAAGAGAUGAGAGAUGUAUGUGUCUCCACGGAUGAUGACUGCCCUCCAAAGACUUUCAGAAAUGUGUGCAUCCAGACAGACAGAGAGACUUUCCUCAAACCCUGCGAAGGUGAAGGCAAGACAACCAGAAGUAACCAAAUAAUACCUAAAAAGCUGAACAUCUCCUCUUUAAGCCAACUCUCUCCCCCAAAUGACAACAAAGACACCUGUGUACCACCUGCAGAAGGCAGCUCAUUGAAUCAGCAGAAAGUACCUCCUUCCCCUCCCCCUCCUCCUCCUGCCCCACCACUACCAGCAGCCAUCCCUCCCCCGCCUCCCCUCCAACCUGGACUUGGACCUUUGCCACCAGCACCUCCGCCACCACCUGUGAAUACUGGACCGCCACCACCUCCCCCACCUCCUCUGCCUCCAAGUGCUGGACCUCCCCUACCUCCUCCUCCCCCACCUCCCCCUCCUUCCAUCCCUCUACCCAACAACGGAGGUCCUCCUCCUGCUCCAGCACUCCCAGGACUCGCACCCCCACCUCCUCCUGGACUCUUCUUCGGAGUUGGCCCUUCUUCCAGCCAGUGUCCUCGGAAGCCAGCCAUUGAACCCAGUUGUCCAAUGAAGCCUCUGUACUGGACUAGGAUACAAAUAAGUGAUAAGAGCCAAAAUUCUACGCCAACUUUAUGGGAUUCCUUAGAAGAACCUGAUAUUCGGGAUACUAGCGAAUUUGAGUAUUUAUUCUCCAAAGACAUACCUCAACAGAAGAAAAAACCUCUCUCAGAGACCUAUGAGAAAAAAAACAAGGUCAAAAAGAUCAUAAAGUUAUUGGAUGGAAAACGAUCUCAAACUGUGGGAAUCUUGAUCUCUAGUUUGCAUUUAGAAAUGAAGGAUAUCCAGCAGGCCAUUUUUAACGUGGACGAUUCUGUGGUUGAUCUGGAAACCCUGGCAGCCUUAUAUGAAAACAGAGCCCAAGAGGAUGAACUCGUUAAAAUAAGAAAGUAUUAUGAGACAUCCAAAGAGGAAGAAUUGAAGCUGCUGGAUAAACCUGAGCAAUUUUUGCAUGAGUUAGCCCAGAUCCCUAAUUUUGCUGAACGCGCCCAGUGCAUAAUCUUCAGAUCUGUCUUUUCUGAGGGUAUCACCGCCUUGCACCGAAAGGUAGAGAUCAUCACACGAGCUUCUAAGGGCUUGCUGCACAUGAAAAGUGUAAAAGAUAUUUUAGCUCUCAUUCUGGCUUUUGGAAAUUAUAUGAAUGGAGGAAAUAGGACUCGGGGACAAGCAGAUGGAUAUAGCUUAGAAAUUCUGCCCAAACUCAAGGACGUCAAAAGUCGGGAUAAUGGGAUUAAUCUGGUGGACUACGUAGUGAAAUAUUACCUGCGUUACUAUGAUCAGGAAGCAGGAACAGAAAAGAGCGUUUUCCCCUUGCCUGAACCACAGGAUUUCUUCUUGGCUUCUCAAGUCAAAUUUGAAGACCUUACAAAAGAUUUGAGAAAACUAAAGAGGCAACUAGAAGCAAGUGAGAAGCAGAUGGCAGUCGUGUGUAAGGAGUCGCCAAAGGAGUAUCUGCAGCCGUUCAAGGACAGCCUGGAAGAGUUCUUCCAGAAAGCCAAAAAGGAACAUAAAAUGGAAGAAAGUUACUUGGAGAAUGCACAGAAAAGUUUUGAAACAACAGUAGGAUAUUUUGGGAUGAAGCCAAAGUCUGGUGAGAAGGAGAUCACACCCAACUACGUGUUUAUGGUGUGGUACGAGUUCUGCAGUGACUUCAAGACUAUCUGGAAACGGGAGAGUAAAAACAUAUCUAAAGAAAGAUUGAAAAUGGCUCAGGAAUCAGUCAGCAAGUUAACAGCAGAGAAGAAAGUGGAGACAAAGAAAAUCAACCCCACGGCUAGUCUGAAGGAAAGACUGCGUCAGAAGGAAGCUAGUGUGAGCACCAACUAACACAGAGACACAGGAGAACAGUGUUGGUGAGGCAUAGCACCCGCAUGACCCUCUGUAACACCAGUGCUACGAGAAGUCCUCAAAAGAUACUUCACUCAGUGUUUCUUUUGCUCAUCUCUUUCCGAGCACCCUGUGCCUUCUUGAAGAAGUCCCUUGUUAAGCCAUAGGAACAAUGAAAUGCCGCUGAAGAAGUAUUUGAGAACUGUUUCUUCUAGAGGUCCAAAGUUCGCUCUGCUACAAGACCAGAGAAUUACCAAGACUUUUUUGAGUUUUUCUUCUUUUUUUUUUUUUAAUCAGGGACCUUAAGCUUUCAAACCCAAGCAUGAUACAUGUAAACUUGUGAAAGAAGAAAAGAUGGAUUUUUUGUGACAGCUGCCUUGAGCUAGUUCAAGCCUUGAUCUUUAUAAUAAUCAAGCCUGCUGGUUUGAUUAUUGAUCUGAAUUUUCAUUCUAUUGCAGCAAGAUCCUGAAGCACCCUUCUUGCCAAAAAUGUUGAGACUUAACCAGAAUUAUUUUAAGAGGCCCAAGACUCUAUGCCCCAUACUUAAGAAAUCGUUAUUUUUUCGUUGUUUUUCAUGUGCUAGAGAGAACAGAACAUGGAAUUAUACAUGGAUGGAGAAGGAAGUUCAAUAGUCAUAAACUUCUUUCUGGAGAACAAAUUAUAAUGCAUGUAGUUGGCAUCAGCCAUUUAGCAAGACCCAUUCUUCUGUUUUUGUAUCCAUUCAUUGAGGUUUCCUAGGCCACUAGGAAUUCUCUACCCCUUCUUUUUUUAAAAAAAACAACAACAACAAAAAACUAUGAUAACUGAGCAGCAACAGACUUGGGGUCAAAGCAUCUGCUUUGAUGAGUGACGCAGUAUCAGUCAGAGUACAUUUCACACCUCAAAUCGUCUAUGAGUGGAUAUACCGUGUUGAACUGCAGCUGAGCUGUACACCAGGUUCUGGGACUGAAUAUGGCUGGACCUCUCCCACGCACCCUGGGAGGCAGUGUCUAGACAGGAGAGCAACUGCUACUUGCAGCUGUUUAUCAUGACCUUGACUGACAGACAUGUGACUUAUGGUUGAAGCAGGGGGGGUUAAUGUCCAAAAAAGAGAGGGUAGUAAAAAAUUUCUUUACAUCAAAAUGGGAAGAGGGUGAUUACAUUGAUAUUGAAUGAUAUUGAAUUUUGAGUUCAAUAGGUAGUUUUUUCUGACCCUGGAAGCCCAUGUGAUUACUGCCUCUAGAGUCACAGGAAAACCACCUUGGACCUCUCGCCUGACAUUUUUUCCUUAAAGCACUCUCCUGUGCUGCGAGAGGAGAAGAGAGGAGACUUGGGGUGAAAUGAGGUAAGGAUCAAAGCCUAUCAGGUUUCAGUCUUGAAAGGAGAGAGGUCCAAGCUUUCUCCUCCCAACUGAUGGAAGACCAUCCAGAGAAGAGCAGAAACCUUAACACCCUUCCCCAUCUGCUGGUCAUGUGUGAGCUGCCCCUUGCCCCAGCAUCUUGCCAGAAUCCCUCAACUUGCCAGGUACCUGAGUGUCUACCCAGGACCUGCCUGCUAGUUAUCAGCCCCCACGGGGACCCCAUAAUAGAUAUAGCCCAUUAAAGUAGCGCCAUAUCCUAAUACAAUGCCCAGGAAUGCAGAGUCAGGAUCAAAUCUAGUCACAAAGCCAUUCCUGCAGGUGCUAGCCACUCUUUCUAAUAAUUAAAAAAAAGGAAUAUAAUAACAUGGUUUGUUUGUUUUUUUUCCCAAAAAAAUAAAAGAAUGAGACAAGUAAAACAGAAGAGCUGGUAAGAACUUACAUGACUAAUAGUAGUUGCUUGUGAGCAAGCCUUUCAUACUGCUUUCUUAGAUUGUUUUUCUCUUCAUUUGCACUUAAUGGUGAGGACCUAAGAAAUUCCUCAAUUUGAAACAAAUCCUACUUACAGCUACCGUGUGCUCUGUUGACAGUCCUAGUGUUAACAGGCAAAAGAAAAAGCACCUGUUUUACCCAUGUUCAAGUUGGAUUUCAUUCUAGUGGACAGACCAGAAAUUGGCAGCAAAAUAAAACCUUUUCUAAAGAGCAGAGUUUGCCUACCUUUGUUGGGAAAACCUAGUGAGUCCAACAUACUGUUAGUGUGUGGAGACACCAUGGCACGAUCCCCCUGACUGUCACCCAAUUGGCAUCCUGCUUUAGGUAUCCGGACACCCCUCCCAAGUCCGCACAUGGACUGCAGUGUGACGGUGCCCUCAUUUGUAACUUGACCUGAUGCUUGGUAAAAGUUCACAAGACUUUGUCCAAGGUGGACCAUCUUAAACAACCCAGAGGCCCUGAGAGAAUGACCUCUCCAAAAUGCAGCUGAGAUUGUGUUAACUACAGCAGGUGUCGCUAAACUUUUCAUGAGUAAGUAGUUGGGGUACACUUAGCAGCUGGGGCAUGUCUGGCUGUUCUUAGCACAGCCUUGCCUGCAAAGAGGGACAGUGGCCAGUAUUUCUACUCUGCAUGUAACCAGACAUAUUUGACUUACUAAUCAGACUCAGAGAAACCCUAACUUGUAACAGCAUCAUCUCUGCCUAGUUAAGGUUCAUUAAAGCUGAGGACACAGUGGAUAGCAGUUCAGAUUCUUGCAAAACCUGCAUAAUCAUCGAGCACACAAGUAUAUCAUAUAUGACAUAAAAGCGUUAUAUAAACAUGUUAGGUAAAAAACACAGGCCUAUGAAGUAUUGAGGAUCAAGUGAGGCGGAGGUGUGCUAUAUGGCUUUUUAACCCAAGAAGAGGCAGUUUAUGGGCAGAGGCAUGGUGAAGGGAAAAGGUAGCCAAGAAGAACGAUAUGAUGGUUUGUCAAGGCCCAGGAGUCACAGGUGAUAGACCUGCUGCUCAGAAGUUACCUUUUGAAUCCUUGGGUUGAUGUCUAUGAAAUCUCUUUAAACAUUCAUUGCAACGACCCAGGAACUAUGAAGAAAAAAAGUCUGAAAUCUGGGAAGUGUAGAAUAAAGAGAUCCAGUCGUGCUCUUCCAUCUUUAAAUGUUUUAGCCAAAACAGUGGGCAACAUGAUGAGAAACCGGAUGCCAGAUUGGACUCCAGUCUCCAGUCCUCUUUUCUUCCCGGUUAGAAUAGUAGACGCUGCACGCCUGCUCAGCUGCUCUCAGGCACCUCCUUUUCUCAUAAGUCCCGUAAGGAAAGGCAUUUCCCUAAAAGCUCAUCUGCUGCUGGUGGAGAAACUAAAGGAAGGAAAAAAGCUCUUUGGUAGUGUUCAGCAAGGUGAAGAAGUCAUUGGUCCAGUUCUUCCAAGACCGUGAUCAGAUGUAUCAAAAGAUAUGUAAGUGUAUUUUUCGUAAAGGUUUGCUUGUUGGACUGGGAUUGCAUAUCUCUCUCUCUAGAUUAUAUCACCUGCAUGGGGAAAUUUUACUUCUUUGUUGGACAUCAUAUUUUAUUUCUAUUUCAUUCUUGCCUGGUGUCACUGACAUAGCUCAUUGCACACAGCAGGCAGCACCUAGUCAGCCAGAAUCUGAAAGGGAAUUAGCAGUGCAGACCUGUGGGCUCUUUCCCAGUAACCAGACUGUAACACUGACAUGGGAACUUUAUUCAGACCAAUCAUUCUAAAUUGGUCUGUUCUGUAGUACUACUGCCCUUGCCAAACAAAGAUAAAACCAAUUUGGAGCUUUCUGUGUGGAGAGGAAGGAAGAAGUCAAAAAAAUAUAGCUUUUCCCCCCAAAAUAACUGAUGCAAAUAUCAAAUAUCCAAUUCUAUAGUUAGUUUAAAUAGUCUAAAAAUUGCUAACAAGGACUCCGCUAGAUUUGAGCUUCAUUUUUCUUUGAUCUUGCCCGUUCUCAUCAUUUAAAAACAAAAAGACCAAAAGGUAGAAGGGGAAAAGAAGCAUCAGCAGAUUUGGAAGUCGACAAAUUAAUUAGUUCCUGAAUCACAAAAGAAGGACAUGUUGUGAAACCCAGUGUUGUAGAGGUCCUACACAUAUAAGAAUUAGAACAGCUGUGAGGGCUGAUGAGUGUGGACAAAGUAAAAGCUCUUAACUGCCCACUGGAGACUUCAGCCUAAACCAGGCAAUUUUCAAAAUAGAUUCAAGAGAGUGAAGUAUUGCUCUGAACAAUUUAUUUUUGGAAAAAUCACAUACAAAGAGAAGUGGUAUGUAAAGAAAGAAGUGUUAGACAAUUAAAAUUUCCUUUCUCUGAUUCUCUUGUAAAAGCAGUUCAUAAAUGGAUGGACCAUCCAGAAAACCAUGAAUACCACACUUCAUAUAUCAGGUUUUCACCAUAGAAACACAGCUAAAGAGGGUGGACUGAAUAAAGAAAUGAACUUUCAUUCAUGUCAGCUACUUUGUUAUCAUAAAGAAA